UUAAACCACAACUUAUUAUUAGAAAAGUCUGCAACGGCAACCAGUUAAUGUAAAUCCUGAAUGAAUUAGUGUUGGGAUAAUCAUACAAUUUCUUUUGGCUCUUGUGGCCUUCUUAUCAAUGAAAUUUACAGCAUAGAGUUUGUGUUUAAUGGUAGAACGGUGUUAUUGACUGGACAAAAAUAUGGGCAUAUCUCCACCUCACGUUCUGAGGCCGACUUGGCGGCGUGAUUUGAAAGGCAUACGACAAUCCCUCAACAUCAUAAUGCGAGAACACAGAUCCGUACUGGUUUCAACUGUUUCAGAGAUUGGGCAUUUAAAGUUGUACGGCAAAACAUUCGAAAUCUGCGUAACAGCUUCUAACUCUGGUUGUCAGGUCGCCUAACUUUUGUGCUUGUCUUAUUCCCAGUUGUUGUCUAUCGCUUAAAAUAAUUAGUGUAAGUGACCAUAAUGUGUUAAUCGAGUGCCUGGUCUGCCUUUUCUUCAACUUCUCAAGCUCUACUCACAUCCUCCCAACAUUCAAGGUAUCUAGUUUCCCGAUUCUUGGGGAAAUUUGGAAAAAUUGUAGUGGAAAAUUUUUAGCGAACGCGACUGAAAUUUAAAGGUUGGUACAUGGUCUUAAAAAGCACAAGCUAACACAUGUCUGGAGAACUCGAAAAUUUCCCUAAAAUCGGGAGAUUGGCUACAAUCAGGUUGCAAGCGAACCUGUUGAAUGCCAAAUGUGGCGAGACUAUAAUUUAUGGACCAACCGAUCAGAUAUAAGAUAAAAAAGUGAUGAAGUUUGGCACGGAAUUCAUCCAUACAUUUGGCUAAUUAGAGUUUUGGCUUUAUAACUGUCAGUUCGUGAUGAAAACCCUUAAUCUAAUUUAUAACCCUAACCAUCAACUGUAAAUGAGAAUUUUAACUACUUGAUAACCCUUAUUUAGUUAUCGUGAGUAGUUCACGCUCAAGAUCACUUCAUCGUCGCUCAAAGGUCGUCCAUAAAUUAUAGUCUCACCCCAAAUGUUACCCAUCUCGUAUAUAUUUGUAACCUCAAAUUUUGAUUUCUGAUUACUGGCUUCCCAUAAAACUUCAUUCAUGAGAACCUUCACCUUUUUUUCAGUAAAAAUUUUACUAAAGUUUAAAUUUUUAGCAAGUAAAUGAGGUAAACAUAAGCGAGUUUAAUUGAAAUUCUAGGGACAUCCCUUAUGAUAAGUUAGUGUAAAUAUGGUUGGAAAAGUAUAAACAUUGUUUUUCUUUAAUCCGGUGUACAUUACGCAAAGUAUUUUGGGAUUUCCCAGUGAGGUGGAAUUUUUCAAGAUUGGCCCCUCGUCUUCAAAAAUGUCCACUUUCCCUAAAACCAAGUAAAGCAUUAGAAUUAGGGCAUUUCUGGUAUUGAUAGUCCUAAAUACAGGCGAAAUAGUCGAUGCUGUUCCUUUCUACACAGAAGCACUUAGUGUACAAUGUUUUUGCUGGGAGUCAGAAGCCCCAAACUUUCAACUUUCAGACAAAGUUGGUCAAUGAAAAUAUUUGUUUUGAUCAAUACAAUUCAAAACAGUUCCGUUAAUGGUUAUUGUACGGUCUCUGUCAUGUUUCACGAAAUUAUGAUUUCACCUAAUCUGAAAACAAAACGAAGACUCUGACACAAUGACAGCUAAGCUAGCUAUUCCGACGCGUCUCAGACCCGCUGACUUGAGAGAGAAGUCCAAGUUCGGAAAAGGUAAAUAUUCCACAUGCAGCUAAAAGCACGAGUAACUGCGGCAAGUCUGGUCGGAAAUACAUUUAUUUGUAUGUUGAUUCAUACACUCAUUUUUGAUUAAUAAUUAGAUUACAAUCACAUAUGAAAAAUACUUAGUUAUGACAAGUCAUAUGUUCAAUAUAAUUCAUGUUAACUUAAUCCAAGAAUAUCCUAUAUUAUGCAGAAUAAAAUGUCAUGCGGAAAAACAAAACAAAUACUAUAAUGAGUAAUCAUCACAUUGAAUUAAAACGGAAUUAAUGUUGAACAAAAAUCGUCAUGAGUAAAUCAAUCGAAUUUUGACUUUUUAUCCCGUCAUAUCACUUGUAAGUCUUGUGUGAUAAAUCUACCCAUAAAUAAUCAACUUAAUGACACCUAAGUAUAUUAAAUGUAUGGUACCUAAGGCGAGAAUGUACAGUAUAUUCGUAGUUUAUUUCGCCCCUAUCCCCAAUUUUCGGACUUUUCGGACAAUUUGGUUAGUUUUUGAGAAGCCACACCUUGAAUUUUAAGGAUAAUGCCACUAAAAACCUGAAUCUCCUCUGGUCUAUGGUUUUGGCUGAAUUACGCACAUGCUUUGAGGAAACCCAUUGAAUCUUGUUGGGAAAUCCUCAAAGCUUAUAAAUAUAUUGGGGAAAACCCUGAAAUCUCCCCAAAGUUUUGGGAACCCUUUAGAAUUUAUUGGGAAGUUCCCAGAAUUCCCACUGUGUGUGAACGUCUUUUCCUUUUUUUUACAGUUGAAAUCGCGUUCCAUAAAUUUCACGUCAUUCAAAAACUAGUUGCUUAUUAUUGACCACGUUAACGUGUUCGCCUACUCACCUUUAUACAUAAAACCAGUGAAAUAUGUAACUUGAAUAUGUUAUUCUACAAUAAACAGUCAAAUGAACGAUCCUUGUAGGAAAAUAUACGAAGCCACGGUCACAGUUUAUUCACGUUAUCAAACUAAUCCUAUCUUAUCGGCACUUCUAAUAUCUUUUAUAUUUAAGCGUCACAAUAGUUACAUAACUGAUGUGUUAGAAAUAUUAUUGCAGAUUAAUUUAAAAUAAGAAUUUAUACAAAUUUCUGGGAUAAAUGUUUUCUUCAUAUUGUUUACAUUUGGAUAUAUUUGUAGAUUUCCUGUUCCAUUCCGAUUUUUCUCCGUAGUAUUCUGUGAAUAUCGAAACGUUAUUCAUAAUCAGUACAGAAUUAAUAUAAGUACUGCUCCAAUAACAUGACGAAGAAACGCUUGAUGUAAUGAAAUUCACGAAACUUGGAUAUUACGCAUUUUCGACGCAAUGCCACUAGCAAAAGACUUUAGAAACAUAUGAAGCGUAAAGAAAGUUAUGUGACACAAUGUGUAUAGAAUUAAUGGUUUGUAGUGACGUCAGUAAUUGUGAAAUCAUCUAAAAGAUGAAAAUAUGCAGUUAUUAUUAGUUUCUACAUAAGCCUGUGAACACAUACACAUAAGCAACAGUACAUUUUAAUUGCAUUAUGACUACAUUUUUUGGAUUGUCAUACACACGUGCUUUAUCUCUUGCGUCGUGCAACAAAGCCUGGCUCUUAACACCCACCACUUGUGUUGUCUUUUUCAGGACAGAUAGCAGUUUUUAGCUGUGUGUACGAAACAUUUAGCAAAAAAGUGUUUAGUUUUCUUGAAUUACUGCUAGUUAGUUUGUAGUAUCUGUAAUUACUUAUGCACAUUUCGCUUUUAGUCCCAAGUAAGGCAUAAGUACACAUCGGCACGUAAGCUAAUGUCACCUUCAUGGAGUUACGACGAUUACUGUCUAAAUCUUUGUAAACAAUUGUCUCAACUUACAGACUGAUCAAGGAAGUUUCGUCCCUGCAAUCCAGCUCCUAAAUGCUAAGUUCUCUGUGUGUUUUUAAUGGAUAUUCCAAGUUAGCAGAAUCUAUGUUGCAAGUACUUUUGACCUUGACAAAGGUGAAUAGGCAUUGAAUGUCACUGAUUGCUUUAACAAGCAGUGAACAUUGGAUAUUACAAGUACUGGACACAUUGGCGUAAAAUUAAUUAUAAAACUUAUAUGUUAACAAUGUGGGAUUUAGAUAAGGGAGAUGGGGUGAGCACCUUUGUUUUGCAAAGACUGGUUUGUAUGCAUGUACUUAAUAUACAAUUAGUUAUCGGCGAGAAGUUACUAGUUAAGAUACUGACGACUGGAAACCCAACGGAAAUGCAUCCAGCCUCUAUUUUAGCAGCCUGUAAUCCUUCCAAGGUGUACAAGUAGUCAUUGUGUUUUUGUUUUGCCGCUCUGACAACCCUUUAUUACACGUGAUUAUCAAUUUACCUUUUAGGCAUUUCAGACUGACAUAGCAGCGUGUCAUCUGGGCAUGUGUAAACGGCAUUGUAACUGAAGAAUUCUGUAAAUGUCAUAUUUAAUUCGUCAGUUACCUGUAAGUUGUCUGAAAGAAAGAUAUUUUAUGUAUUCACAACUCACCGCAAUAAUGCAGUACAGUCCAUGUUCUCAACAAGCACCCAUCGUCCAGAUUAUUACAAUCCACAAUGUCUUUAAAUGUAACAUUUUCCCUAUGGACAAACAAUUGCUUGUUCAGUAGCCAGCUCUACCGGCUCACCAUUAUUUACUUCCUCUUGUCGUUGAUGACAACAUUAGCCUUAUAUUGAUGUUAAAAUGUUACCCCCAAAUGCCCUAGUGUGAGUGGCCUAUGUUCCUUCACGAAGAGUAACAGGCGUAAGUAAGUAAGUAAGUAAAUGCCCUAGUACGACUAAGGGUAGCGAGAGUCUUCCAAAGCGUGGAUAUAUGGUGUAUACAUCCAUGUUUAGGUCUGAAACUAGCCUGGUUCCAUCGGUUUCACCCUUCACGAGCUCUCAUUAGACGUUGAAGUGUUAUUGAGGCUAAUAUUUUAGACAGUUAAACUGAUUUUUCCGGGAUUGCCACAAGAGGACUUUUGUCUUAUAAACUGGGAUGAUCAGCGGUCUAGACCAGUCAGAUUGGAUCACAUCUGAUUCUCAGAUUUUAGCUAAGAUUCCAGUUAAUUUAACUUCUCAAACUGGACCACCACCCUUAAUAGUCUCAUGGAUCAGUCGAUCAGGCCCUGAUGCUCUUUUUAGAUUAUUUGUAGCCUUCUCAACAUCACUAAAAGUUGGAGAACUUACAUCACGUUUCCAUUUAGCUUGCUUGUAAUUAGUGGGUCCCUAAAUUUGGGCUGUAGGCCGGUUGAACUGUUCCCUAAAGUCCUCUGCCCAUCGGUCCAAUCUUCCGGAUUGAGAGAGGACAAUAGUCCCGUCUUUUUCCCAGAUGGUUUCACUAACAGCCGAAUUUUUAAUACUUGUUUACUUGAUGAGUCUUAAAGGUUGUUUACUGCUACCUAUCUCCUCUGUCUAUUUAAGCUCUUCUGCUUUUGUACCCACUAUUGCUCACGAUCAUUGCCUGGGCUUUUUGUCAGCCUAUAUUUAAGCUGCCUCCGCUCUUCAUCGUGUUUGGAGCCAGAUGAGAUAUGUUUCCGAUCGUCUAUUAAUUUAGUAGACGCCAUUGAAAAGCACUGAGUUUUCCUAACAUUUUGAUUUGAGUUACUAGUAAAUAUCACUUCUGUUUCUACAGCUUUUUGGAUAUUAUACCAAUAUAACUCGUGGUGGAUAUCACUCUCAUGGUUGGCUAGUUCCUUCGCUAGUUGUUCUCGAAAUAUAUUCUUGACUUUUUCACUUUUGAGCUGAACUCUGAGGAGUUUUCUUGCUGUGACUUUUCAAAAUCGUGCCGAUUCUUUAUAGUGACAAGGUCAGGUCAAAUCAAUGACCGUACCUGGAUCCUGUGUGCGCGUUUGCGUGACGUGGCAUUCACCGAUAGCGCGAGAUUCUAGAGUUCUUGCUAGAAAAGCCUAUUUUCCUACCUGACACAAGGUUCGAACAUUAAAAGCCCCAACAUUUAGUUUAGUACGUAGUUUCAGGAGACCAUGAAUAACGUUUUGUUAACUCUAAUCAUUAACAUUGGCACUGCGUGGUGAUAAAGAUAAAUGAGAAGAGUUAAUCUUAGAGAAGGAAGAAUUAUUAAGAGGUGAGGGAGUGAUUCGAUCAUCAGCGAAGUAAUCUCAUGUGCUUAGAGGCGAGCAUUGGUGCAGAUGCUGGUUGUCAAAGGGAAACACUGCUCAACAGUAUGACUUCACCCUUGAGCCUUAUGUUGCUGCUUUUAGUCUUACCGCUCUCCACCCAACCUGCAUGGCAAGUAAGACCUGAAGGAACAUGCUUUCCAGCCAGCAUAGCUCGGUUGUGUUAUCACGGUAGGCACUAAAGUAUAUCACAUGGUACUCGCCUUGAAAAAUUGAUGUCUCCCAAUUUAAGAAAACGUAUAUAGGAUUUGGAUAAUAACCUCAUAAUAGUGUUGGAGUUAAAACACACUUGAAAAAUACAUGUCACAGUGAUCCGCGUAUACAUGGCUAACUAAUGAACAUUUAAGAUGCCUGUUCUACUGCGAACAAACGAUUCAGCGAAGGAAUCAGAUAAGUCAAAACCUAUCUCUGUCCUCUCCCCACAUUAGUUUGCGUGACCAAGCCAGGACCUUCAUUUGCCAUAACUGUGUUAUUAGGUCUAAUACUAGGAAACCUCGAGGCUCUGCACGUGAUAACUUCUUUUGAGAAAACAUAACCUAUAAGAGAUUCAGUCACUAGGUGGUGUCAAAUGAUGUAUCGAUCAAUACAUCGUUUGAUACUUCUACAAACACUUUAUGUUGCUGGCUACUUUUGUCCUAAUAGGGUAAUCAGUUUCAGUCUAAUUUUAAUCCCAAGUCACAUACUUAAGUUCUAACUGCAUGUUCAUCGUACUUUUUCAGGUGUAGAUGGACAUGCUCAGACUAGUCUAUAUCUAAGUUUAAGCAAUGUGCAGUUCGAACACAUUCGGACAGAACUAGUCAGUCGACCAAUUAACCACUUAAAUCGUGUCAUAGAUUUAAGUCUUGCUCCAUCUGUUUCAGUUUGUCCAGCCAGGUAGUUUCAUACUUGAGGUGUGGUUUAAAUCAGCGCAUGAAUCUGCAAUGGGUUCAUAAGUUGUUUCAAAAGAUGCCUGUGUAGUAUUGUACAUUUUUUUGGAUAGUUGCUGGUGAAACAUACCAAUUUACGACGAUGCGAAGAUCUAGUACUUCUAGGUUUUUAAUGUAUCUCUAGCUUACUUAAGCUUGUAUUAACUGAAUUUCUUCAAGUAUAUAGCGUAACAAGCAAGUCAGAACUGUUAUCGUUUACAUCGUAUCUUUCAUUACUUGGUUACUUAAUAGUUUACUUUUUUUAGAAUCCGGAAGUAAAUUCCAAUAUAUCCUAUUUCCUCUUUGUUAAUAUAUUACAGGCAUAACUAUUCAAAUCUAGGGAAAACAAAGUGCUCUAAGCUAUGUUGGAACAAAGUGCCAAUGUCUCACCUUUUACGCCAAGGGAAGACAAAACCUGUUGGAUUUGUUUGAGUUCUGAAGUAGACGGUAACUCAGCCAACUUAUGGAGCAGACCUUGUCGCUGCCGUGGCGCACUGAAAUGGGUUCAUCAAACGUGUCUUCAAAGGUGGAUUAGUGAACAACAACACAGCAGAGGAGAAUCGAAUUCUAUUUCAUGUCAGAUAUGUAAUACACCAUAUAUAAUAGUUUAUCCUGAUUGCGGAUUUUUCUAUGAUUUUCUUCAGUCUGUUGACCAAAUUACUCGCUCUCUAUCAUUUGUUCUUACUGGUGGAAUUAUUUUCGGCUCAUUUUACUGGUCUGCUGUAACGUACGGAGCUGUAACAGUAAUGCAAGUUUAUGGACAUCGUCAAGGUUUACAAGCUAUGCGGCUCACAGAUCCUCCUCUUCUACUGCUAGGUCUCCCGACUAUUCCUUUGUGUCUUGUUUUGGCGAAAGCAGUUCAAUGGGAAAGUAGACUGCUUAUGUUAUGGAGGAACCAUAUAAGUCGUUUACCCUUUAUUCAGCUGUUCAGACGCAAAGAUCUUCCAACCUGGCCUGUUAAUGAUGUUGAUAUAGAACUACGCCCAGAACUCUCUGAUAUACCUCGUUUAUUUUGUAGUGCAUUAGCUCUUCCAACAAUAUCUACCGUUCUGGGACACUUAUUAUUUAAACGAGUGCAGUCUGCUACACACAGAGUUCUCCUGGGUGGUUUGACGUAUCUUGGAGUGAAAGGGCUACUGACUAUAUAUUAUCAAGAGUUGCAAUAUAUCCGUAUAUGCUAUAGACAAUGUGAAUUGAUUAUUGUUGCCGAUGCAUAG